UUAUGUCUCCCAUCUCUAACCUCUCCAAACGCCAAAAAAACUAUUAGAGAGAGAGAAAAGAAAGAAAGAUGAACAUGAUGAGAGAAAAGGAGACUAUUACUACUACUGGAGAUGAAACAAGUAGGUCACCAAAUCCAAUAUUCACUAGAUCUCGAUCAGGAGAAGAUUAUGAUCAUCAGGGUCAAGAAGCCACCCUAAAUACUAGCAUCGGAGGCAUGCGCACCGCCGAGACCUUGCUCCGUCUGCUCCCAAUUGCUCCAUGCAUUGCUGCCCUUGUCGUCAUGCUUCACAACUCUCAGACCAAUGAUUUUGGCUCUGUCUCUUACUCCCACCUCGGAGCUUUCAGGUACUUGGUCCAUGUGAACGGAAUUUGUGCUGGCUAUUCCCUGCUGUCGGCGGUGAUCGCAGCAAUGCCUCGACCACCGAAGAUGUCUCAAGCGUGGACUUUCUUCUUCCUUGAUCAAGUGAUGACCUACAUGGUGUUGGCGGCCGGAGCAGCCUCCACGGAGGUCCUGUACUUGGCCUUCAAGGGGAAUGUGGCCAUCACAUGGAGCUCAGCUUGUUCCUCCUUCGGCCGAUUCUGCCACAAAGCCACCGCUUCGGUGGCCAUAAGUUUCGUGGUCGUUGCUUGCUAUGUUCUGCUUUCGCUCAUUUCCUCUUACAAGCUCUUCACCAACUACCAACCUCCUACCGCCAUGCUUAAUCCCACCAAGCCUUCUAUUCAAGUCGCCACCUUCAACACCGAAACCUGAUCAUGAUCAUCAUCGUUUUAAUUAUAUAUCCUUAAGUAAUAUAUAUUAUAUACAUCACAUGUAUCAUCACAAAUAAUUAUUAUAUAAUGAGUAAUAAUAGCUCUAGACGAACGUAUACCACUUGAUCAAGUUCUAGGAGUAUAUUCCAACCCUUGUUUAGUUAUAAAAAUAAGUGUACGCAAUUAUUAAGUACUGUUGUAAAGCAACCUUUCUCUACUUUGUUUUGUUAUAUAUAAAAAAUCAAAUAAUUAUAGGUUUUCCA